GCGAGCUAUGUUUAGUUGUGUCUGUCUUUUGUUGGGGUGGAGGGAGGUGUAGGUGGUGUCUGUGUGUUCAUAUGUAGUGGUUGCAGUCUGGCUAGUUUUAAAUCACUCUCACAGACUAUACUGCACUGAUUUCCACACGCAGACCUGACAGAAGAAGAGGAUCUUGCCAUGUCCAGUGCUGUUAACAGAGAAGCCGUAUUCCAGGCGACAAAGGUUCGAAAGCAUUUGAAACAAGAUGGAAGCUGGAUUAACAAAUCUCAAGAUGUUCACGACACAGAAUCAGACGUAAAAGCAUGUAAACCAAUAAAGUUAAAACCUACAAAUGUGUCAUCACCUGAGAGCAGUUUGGCCUCUUCCUCCACCGUGCUAUGUUCAGAGAGUGCUGCCGCCUCCUCCAGCUUGGACUCAUCUACACCUCCUCAAAGCUCUAAUGUCAUGUCAGCCUUAAAGAAGUUUGAGCGACUGAACUCAACAGAAAACAAACCAGUCAAGAGUGGGUCCAGUGUGGCUAAAAGUGCACAUCCUGUCCUCGAGGACUCAAGGGGAGCACAUGUACAGAAAGCAGUGAAGACAUCCAUGGUCAAAGCCACAGAGCAACCACUGCAGACACCAGCAGAUACUUCUGUAAAGGACGUAUUGGAAAAACCAAACACCAUACCUGCAGAGGAAGCAUUGAAGACACAUGCAGAUGCUCCUAAAACAGACAAAGUGAAGAAACCUACAGAGGAGCCAUUGAAGAUGCAUGCAGACACUCUUAAAUUGGAUGUAGUGGAGAAACCUAUAGUUAAACCUGUAGAGGUGCCACUGAAGACACAUGCAGAUGCUCCUAAAACAGACAAAGUGGAGAAACCUACAGAGGAGCCAUUGAAGAUGCAUGCGGACACUCCUAAAUUGGAUGUAGUGGAGAAACCUAUAGUUAAACCUGUAGAGGUACCACUGAAGACACAUGCAGACAUUCCUAAAACAGACAUAGUGGAGAAACCUGUAGAGGGACCACUGAAGAUGCAUGCAGAUGCUCCUAAAUCAAACAUAGUGGAGAAACCUGUUGAAGAACCAUUGAAGAGGCAUGCUUACACUCCUAAAAUGUAUGUAGUGGAUAAAGUUAAACCUGUAGAGGAACCUUUGAAGACACCUACAUAUGUUCCUGUAAAGAACAUAGUGGAGAGCCCUGCAGAGGAAUCAGUGAAAACACACUCAGAGACUCCUGUAGAGGGAACAAGGAAGACACCUGUAGAUGGAGCUUCGACAGAUCAGAACCCAGCAAAGCCUUCAGGUACACUGACAGAGAAUAAAGAAAAUGAUACAGUUGAACACGUGUCAAUGGCACAUGCACCAGCUACAGAGUCAUCAACUAGAUCAACUACAGAACUGAUCGAAGAACCCCGUGUGACAGCCCUGGAGGAGAACCACAGACUGAACAGUCAAGCUGAAUUGAAAGUCAAAGGUAAAACCAUGUGUUCCUUCUGCAAGCUGCCCAUAGAUGGAAAUGUGAAAAUCUCCAUCAACAUUCCUGCCAUUUGCUGCCAUCCGGAUUGUUUUAAGUGUAAUGGUUGCAGCAGUCCUCUGGGUGAUCUCUCUUCAUCUAUGUACCACUGUGCUGGGAAAAUCCUCUGCGAGAAAUGCUUUGAUCAAAUCUUCCAGCUCUGAUGACUCAUCCUACAGCAGCUACUCCACUAUAACUUACCACCAUGACACCCAAGCACAUCUACGAGCAAGUUUGCUGUGAUUCAGCGCUAAUUAAAAAAAAUAGUCUUUAUCAGUAGAGGAACUGCUGUCGUAGGUUCAUUUUUUCAGAAAAUGGUCAUGCUGUGUGCGCAUGUCUUCCUAUAAACUGACAAAAUUCCCCAUUGGGUUUAAUAAAGUAUUUCUCUCUUUCUGA